AUAAUUAUCCGUGCGCCAUCCUCUGCAACUUCUUCAAGUCCUCUUUUUCUUCGGUGUGUCUUGAGCUGGCACGCUAACAAUGUAUCUGAUGGUACCAAUCUGUGUGGCAGACGUGAUUCACUGCACCUAAUCAUUGUUAGGAGGCCUGGCAGAGGUCUUACCGAAUUCAGGAACAUGGACAGCAAGGACUCCGAUGGAAGUGACAGUGACAUGGAGAGACAUGGUUACAUGGCGUUUAACUUAGCUGAGGGAAAUUUGAUCACUCGACCCAAAGCAGAUGACAAUCCAUCAGAUCUGUCACCAUGUGACGAAGAUGCUACCUGCCUUGACAAAGACUCUUCUUUAGAGGGUGAUCAUUUGACAGGUGUUGUUGAUCGGAUGAUGCAAGAAAUAUCACCAAAGGAUUCAUCUAAUGACAUGGGAAACUUAGCGACUGGAAUAGUGGAUAGAAUAAUGGCUGAUGUAUCAAAAGAAGGUGGUGAUUCAUCAGUGAUGAGAAGACCGCCUAGUCUGUUUGAAUCAACUCCAAUAGCUAGUGACUCAGCUGAGGAACAGCAUAGUCCUAUUUUGUCACACAUGUCACGAAGACCACCAAGUGGGCCAUUUGUUAUGGGUGAUCAAAUGGACAUCAUGACUGAGGUUUUUGCUGGUCGAAUCCCAGAACAUACUGGCUCAUCAUUAACAGGAACUUUUUACCCUGAGCAUCUCCCACUUCAUGCUUCUGCAGGACAGGAGCAGCACCCAGUUGUCAGUCAGAUGCUGAUGGAAAAAAUUAAAUGGAUUCAGAGAAAUCCAGAACAAGGAAACUCAUCCUUAAAAAAGCUGAUGGACUACCAGACACCGUCCUCCCGCUCUAUGUCACGUCAACAGAAAGUGCGUACAGACCUUGCUCUUCGAGAAAAAGUGCGAUUGAUAAAUAUGUCAGAGACAACAGGUAAAAGCCAGCGUUCCCUUGCAGCUGAAUUUCACAUAUCUGUAGGCUCAGUCAAUAAUAUAUUGCGGCGAAAGAGGGAGUAUUUGGAAGCAUUUGAGAAAAAUGAAGUUCCUUCAACGUGUAAAAGUUUCAGAUUUACUCGUCCACCAAAGAGAUCUGGAUAUGAUGAGCUGCACACCCUAAUUUUGAAAUGGAUUGAAAAGGUUAAAGGAAAAAUGAAACCUUUAACAUGGCCCAUCAUAAUUGAGAAGUCUAGAGAGUUUGCAGUCAAACUGAAUAUCCUGAACUUUAAUUCUUCAGGAUUGUGGGUAGAAAACCUGAAAAGGUCUAUUGAUAUUGCGGUACCUUUACCAGAGCAAUCUAACAUGUCCGACAGUGAUGUUAAGCUGCUGUCAAUGUGGAGAAAGAUGCUUCCUUUUCUGCAGCAGGGAUAUGAGCCAGAGAACAUCUUCACCAUUUCAGAGACAGCUCUUUAUUACAAGUGCUUACCAGACAAAUGCUUUAUUACAGGAGCAACAUGCAAGGGCUGUCAUCACCACUCAGAUGUCCUAGAGAACAGACUGACCAUCCUAUUGUGUUGCAAUGCUCUUGGGGAGCGUCUUAAGCCCCUGGUUGUGUCGCGGCAUGGCAGCCCUGCUUCGUUGUCCAACAUAAGAAUGUCAGAUUUGCCUGUGGGAUGGUGUCAUCAACCUAAUGCAAAUAUGACAGCUGAGAUAUUUGCUAGUUGGUUGCGUGGACUAGACACAGCUAUGGGACAGCAAAAAAGACAUAUUGCCCUGUUCAUGGACAUGACUCCAAGCCAUCUUGCUUCUACUUUGCUGAAGAACAUCAGUCUCAAGUUUUAUCUGGAUGACUCUUCCCAUCUCCUGCAACCUUUAAACCAGGGUGUUAUACAGACUUUAAAAGCCAUUUAUCGUCGGCGUUUGUUGCAGUCCAUUCUAGCUAGAACUUGCUCCACUGAUGACUGCCUCUCUGCUCUUGAAGCUGUUUCAGAGCUUGAUGCAGUUUUCUGGAUACAUGAAGCUUGGCGCAACAUUAAUUCUGAGAUCAUCACUACCUGCUUUCAAGCAGCAGCUUUCCCUGAAAACAAAAGUUCAUGCAGUCUGGAUAAAAGUCCAGUCAACCUUGAGUUUAUUCCUGAAGAUCUACCUCAGUUAAUAGAAGAGAUUGGACAGACGUUUAAAUUCAUGCCCAUGUCAGCGGACAUUUAUUCUCAGUUCGAUUCUCAGCUUCCCUGCCACCAAGGAGAUGGAGAAGAAUGGGAGACAACACUUCUGGCAGAGACAACUGGUCGCAACAUCAAAAGUGAGCCUGAUGAAAGCAGUGAAAUUGCAGCCAUUGGACCUUUGCGGCCGUCUGUGGAUGAUAUGGGAGUAUUGCCAGAGAUAUCACCAUUCGAAGCCAUGGAGUGCCUAAGCAAACUGAAGAGAUUCAGCAGCUCAAACAUGGGGCUGUUGACAACAGUCUUUGAGCUGGAAAGUCUUUUGUUAGAUUCUAUGUGUCCUUCACAGCAUGCCACACUACAGUUUCAACAAAGCAGUUACCCAGGCUUCAGUGUUGCCUUCCCACCAUUUAGCAGUGACCUACAGUAGUGUACAGCCCAUACUGAUCUAUGAGCAGAAAAAUCUGUAUUUGCAUCUUCAACAGUGAGCUUCUCUCUAGCAGUGUUUUCCAUUCAAGUGUAUUGUAAUCAUUAACAUACUGGCCGACAAAUUUGGCAGCAAAAGAAUCUGCUUUUAUUUGGUCACUGCACCCAUUCACUCCCCACUUAAAUCCCUUUUGUAUGCAAACUGCUUAUGUCACCUGUUCUGUAUGAAAUCUGCUUGAAUCCACAAGGUUCAUUCGCUGAUAGUUUCACGGCAAGCAAAACCUCAAAAUCAAACUUAUAUAAAAAAUAUUACGGAGUUUUUGCCCCAGUGUUAAAUAUUUGUCUAAAUGAUCAUAUAGUCCUUAUCAUUUAGAAGAGAAUCCUAUAUAAUUAUUGAGAAUUAUAUCAUUAUCUUUUAAUUUACACUAAAAUAUCAGUUUUAUCCCAAGCAAACAGUUGUCAUUUUCAAGACUUUACCUUAUACCUCAGUCACUGUCUUUCCUGCUGCUGUCCUUUCAUCUGUUGGCCACCAUGUGUUUAGGGCCUUGUAGUAUAUGAAUACUGGUGCUAUUCUGACCAGAGGGAAACCAGAAAAAUCAAACUGCUUCAAUGUGACAAGUUGACAAUGUUGCUAAACAGGGCUGCUUUUCAAUUUGCAAAGUUUAGUGACAUCAAUGGUUGAAACGAUAAAGAGAUAGAAGUUAAAAAAGGAAACAUACCCAAAAACGAAGUGUAUUAAUUUGUUGUGUGCUGUAGUUGUCACAGGAGAAAAAUAAUAAUAAAUGAAAGAUUUGUAUAUCACAUACACUCAUAAGGAAUGCUUAGUGCUUAAAACAAAUGAGACAUGGACAGCAUAUGAGGGAUAGAAAAAACAAGAGUGCUGACAACAAAUAAAAAACAGAAAAUGCAAAGAGGAACCAAGUAACAAAAACUGAAAAUAUUGUGAUUCAAAAAAGGAAGAUGAGUAGGAAAGUAGCAAUAGGAAAAAUUGGGGAUGAAAAAGGACUAGCAUUGUGUGGAUUGUUUUUGGAGUAAUGCUUAAAGAAGCUGUGCAUUUCAGUUCAGAUUUUGAAGGAUUCAAUUGUAGGUAGGUGGCAGAUAUGGAAAGCGAGAGAGUUUCAUUGUUUUGCUGCACAGUAACUAAAAGGCCUGUGACCAUAUGUUGUUAUUCUGGUGGCAGUAAUAGGAUACAGUCAUCAGAUGAAGAGCAUAGUUGUCUGGCUGGACGUAGGGAAAGAGAAUUUCAGAGAAAUAGUUAGGGCAGGAGCCUGCAAAGAAAUUAAAACACAGCACAGUUUGUACUGAAUGCGAGAGUGGAUGAGUUGCCAGUGCAGAAAAUGAAGGAGAGGAGUGACGUGGUCCUGUUUCCUAGCUCUAAGCACCAGAUGUCCAGUGAAGUUCUGUACUUUCUGGAGUUUAUUGAUGAGGUAUGAGUGGCAGCCUACAAACAAGGAGUUAACAGUAAUCAAGCCAAGAAAAAAACCACACAAACAAGAGUGUUGGUAGUGUGCAUUGAAAAAAAAAGUAGCAAUGGUUAAAAAAAAGGUGUAGAGAAAAAGAAUAAAACUUUUGAUGGUUUUUAAUUUUGACAUGACUAAGCAUAGGCUUUUUCCAGAGCUGAAGAAUGUUUUUGCUAAAACUGAUAAGUUUUAUAUGCCAAGCAAAGAGGCAUUAAAAAGGUCAAAAAUUAGAGUGCAACAUAUUGCCAUCAUUGUUUCCAAACAAAGUUAAAAACAUCUGCAAUAUGUUUUUGUUUUUUUUUUCAUGUGAACUGAUGUGUUAUUUGAAUCCUUUAUUUUGAAUUUACUUUAGUGCUGCAGGAAGUCACUCCAAAGUUGAGAUAAGAAUUAAAAGAGGUUAUGUUUGCCUAUGGAUUCUCAGUAUCCUGCCACCCAGCCAUAUCUGUAUGUCAGAACUUUAGUGAGGCUGGACUGGCUAGUGUUUGAUUUCAGUCACACAAACUAUGGACAAGAGUGGUUGAAAGCAUUGUAUUUAUGGGUUUCUACAGAAAAUAUAACACUUUGAGUGGAGUUCUUGUGGACAGAAGUUGUUGAAAGCUUUGUAUUUAUGGUGUUUCUAUGGAAAAUAUAACACUUCAAGUGAAGUUCUUAUGAAGUGCCCUGAAUACUGUAAAGAAAAAUGUAGUAAUUUAAAUCUGAUGUAGAUUGAUCAUCAUGAUGCAGCUUGAGAGAUUUCUGAAUAAGAAGAUAUAUAUUUUUGGUUUGUUGGUAGAGAGGUGUUGAUCCGUCCACUGAACCAUGCACCUAUUUCUUAAAUACUAUGACUGCAUUUGCAGUAAAACUCUUUCUGGAUUGACAGUUAACUUUAAUAAUAAUUCUAAGAUGAUGAUGAGAUUUGAUGGGUUUUAUUUUGUAUUUAAAAAGUUGUUUUCCUAGCUGGUUACCACAUUUGUGCUUACUAGUGUUUAUCAGUUCCAUCUUUACUCAAAUAUUAUUAGUUUUGAUGAAUACUUAAAUACAAUAUAUAUUUAUAUAACCUAUUUAUGCCUGUAUUAUAGGCUGUUUCAUGGCCACUGUCCUAUCUUUUAACUACUCCAAUGGACACAAAAAUUAAUUGUCCUUGUACAUGUACAUUUUUUUAAGAUAUUGGCACUUGGGCAGAAGUUUAUGACCUUCUUUUAAAUAUACUUUAAAGUUGUAUUCUUGCAGUGAACAUUGUAGAGUGCAAUUUUUGUAAAUGUUUGGGCCAAGUUUUCCUGAUACCAGUUUACAAAAUUUAAGCAGACACACUAUUUUGUUAAGUUACUAGUCUUCAAAUUCUCACCAGGGCAUUGGAAGAGUUGAAUCUUGAUGAUGUUAGUGUAGCACAUGAAUACACUUAAAUUGUCAAGGCUAUGGUUGGAAAUCUAAUUUAAUUAACCCAUAAAGAAUUGUUCCAUGGCUGUUAUUGGGCAUUUUGAAACAUUCCAGAUUGUGACACCCUCCAUCUACAGUGAUGAUUCAAAAUUUUCAGUUCUUAAUUUUACAUACACAGAAUAAGAAUAGAUUUUUACAAAAUUUCCUAGAAAGAGACCUAUGAAAUGUGGCUGCUUUUUUUCACAGGGAGAGAGAGCACUAAGCUUCAAUAUGGAUUGUUAAAUCUGGUGCCGGUGCUGCAUGCAGUCAUGUGACUUGAUACAACUCCUAACAAAGCUUUGCUAAGGCUUGCUGGUGUGCAAAGGAUAUUCAUAACAGCCUUUGUCUUUAGAGAUCUAUAUUCACAACAAUGGUGUUGCUGUAGAUGGUCGCAUAGUCUGAUGCUUUUGCAUUAGGUGCAUAAUACCUGAUUGCCAUGGGAAGAUCUUCACAGGUUGGAUGCAUACUGCUCAGAUCUGCAGCUUUUGGGACCUGUGUAAAAGUGCUUUCAUCCAGUGUUUCUGUUUAGGGUACUGUACAGCUUAUUCUGUUUGAUCAUUAUUUUUGUUGUUUUUAAUCCUCAUCGUACUUAGAAGUGGCUAGUAUUUGGGGGGAAAUGUAGUCACAGCAACCUUCGAUCCUUUUAACAUUUCAUUAAUUAUAGUUGCAUGUCAUUUUUGUGAUGUGUUCAUAGGUUUCAAAGUAAGGGUUCUUAUCGUUAGCUGCAGUUUUUAAUGCUAGCAUUUUGGCUUAUUUUUGUUAGUAUUUUAUGCAUAUGAGAGGAUGAAAACAUGGAUCGAAAAAGAAGUAUUGUCACACCUUAAAGAUAAUAUGAAGACUGUAGCAUGUGACAGCAGGCACUGAAACACCUAUGACCCAAGAAUGAUGCAGAACAUGUUUUGAUUUGGUUUGUGUGUGCCAGUCAGGUAAUAGAACUAGAAACCAUGAUGAAAUAUUUGAAACAAGUUUAGUCAGAUCUUCUGCUCUUUUUGUUAUUGUAAAUGUCUGUAUGUUUGCAUAUUGUGUGGGAGUUUGUGUAUGCACCUGUAAAAAUGUGAGUGUGUAUUGUGAAAUUGUGAAAAGGAUGGCAUCAGUUUCUUAUGGCCUUCUUUCUAUCCUGUACUUAAUUCUUUUUAAUCUGUACAUAUGGUCAAUUUGUCCAGCAUGAAAUCUUUUAGUGGUAUUUUUUCCUUUCGGUUGUGACUAUUUUUUACAUGGUUUUUAUUGUUUCUAUAUUUCAUUUUCUGUUGCUAAAUAUCUGUUUCAAUACUGUUUAAAAAUACUAAAUCUUUAUCACCUUGAAAUUCUCACCAGAAAUUAAAAAUUUUACUCCCAUUUAAAAGGAAAAAACUGCCCAAAGAGGAUACAUUCAUCUUACACCAGUUGUUAAAAACUGAACAAGAAUAUAUUAGAUUGAUACAGCCUCAAAAAUCAUUUAGAAAUAUUAUUUCUGUUAAGUUUAGUUGCACACAACAUGUUUAAAAGUGUUGCAGUAUUCUGUUUUUGAAUAGAAUUUCUUUUCUCUUUUGAUUUUAUUUGGUUACAAGCAUUUAGAAUAAUUUGCAUCUUAAACAUACUAUUUAUUCUGUAGAAAUCUUUCAUUUAGUUCGCACCUUAAACAUAGUCCUGAACUAUUCUUUAGUUUCAAAACAAUUUAUUGCCACUCCCAUGCUCCUGUUGGUUUUUUUUAUUUGGUUGUUGAUUUUUUUUAACCUGGGCCAGUAAGCUGCAUAAGCUAUGGUGAGGAACUUUGUUUUUUACUUUUGAUUUUUUUUUUCACAUACAUACUAAUGGGUUGCUCAGAAGGUAACAUUAAAAUUAAAAAAUGUUCUAAAAAGUAGUUUUUAUUAACAGAUGGGACUCUUUAUUUUGACUGCAUUAUUAUAUAAUGGUGUGUCAAAAAUUUCUGUUCAUUUUUACCCCAAAUUCUUGUCAUAUUUUUUCAAUUUACAGUAAAUUUAAGAUAAAUUUGAAAGGAAAAGAUUUCUUUCUUUCUGUGUGUCUUUGUAUGUGUGUGCCUGCAUCUACAUGUGUGAUGUAAAGUUUUAUUUUUUCACACACACCCCUUCCCCUAUAAAAAUUAACAGACUUAUAGAGUGUCAAUUGUGUCAAAAUGUACACUUUCUUCUUGGCUUAGAACAGAAAUCUUAAAUACUUAAAAAACUUUUCAACCAAAAAUAUUGAAUACAUAUUUGGAAAACAGAAACAAUUUUUGUUAGAAUACUGUUCUAAAAUUAUAAAAAUAAAAUACAAAUAGUAUGAUGUAACAGUAGAGAACAUUCUGCAACAGACAGGAGAAUUUACUCCCCAGCACCUGCAAACAUUGUCAAAUUUUAUUUUGCUCUGAAGCUAAGGUGUAUAUUUGGCAACAGCAUUGAACAAAUAUCAACAAAAAAA